AUGACUGGAUAUAAACGGUUCGUCGUCAAUUUUACGGUGAGAUUUUAUAGUCAUCUAGUUGCUAGUUUAUCAGUAAUGGCUUUACAAUAAAACAGAUUUUUUAGGCCUGGGAUUUUCUGAUUUCCUUAACAUUAGGAGCCCUGGUAAGACCAGAAGUCAUCUUCCCAUACAAUGGAGCGUAUGUCACUGGCCUUCUGAAACAUUUUGGUGACGUUGGAGCCAAAGCAUCAGUAAGGCUGCAGACUGAAUUUAAUACUGUUUCAGGUAGUUUUCCUUAUGAACACAACAGCUCACGCAUUAUCCGCGCAGUUCCAUUGCCUCUUUUUUCGCUUCGCCAUCUUGCAGGAUAAUGAAAGACUGCUGGAUUUUGUUUUGUCUUGGAAAACAUGGAUCAGAGGAUGGUUUAUUUCAUUUUCGAUCACAACAACUGCCGGUAUCUUUAUCUUUGCGCCAAUGCAAGGAACUCAAAAGGUAAGACAUCGAAUUUUAUAAAAAUUAUGUUUUCCAAGGCGCUGCAACAUUGUGUAACUUAACACUAAUUUUUCAGCAAGUCCAAGCAGAGAUACUAUCCCUUGCUCCGAACUUUCCAAACGAUCCACUGCCUGAUUUUACUCGAGUCAUUAUGUACACACCACCAACCACAGGGAACGCCAUCUACGCAGGGCUCUUUAUUUUUAUCGGAUUUGUCACCUUCGAGGUCGCUUCGUUGAUAGUAGUCUACAUCACUUUACGACAACUGGAAGAGAGGAAGAAAAGCUUUUCAAUUGAUACGUAUCGUCUCCACAGACAGUUGACAAUUGCGUUGGGGAUGCAGGUACGAAGCUGUGGGUUCAAAAGCCAAAAGUUUAAUCUUUAGACGUUGCAUAAGCUAUUUGUAACCUCGGCUUUUCAGCUUCUAACCCCAUUCCUCCAUCUUGUCGCUCCCGUCUCAAUCUACGUAAUCUACAACUAUCCUUAUGGUAAGAUGAGUGUUGAGACUGCCACUCUAUUCAACGUCUACAUGGAUCUCUAUGGCGCUUCAAAUUCGUUGAUUACCCUCGGCAUGGUAAAGCCUUACCGAACAUAUCUCAAAUUAAAGGCAAAGUCUUUCCUUAGGUUCAUUAGUUGUGGAAAGUUUUGUCAAGAAACGGAAAUUGUUCCAGUCAUGGCACCUGAGAGCACUCUCAACAUAAGCCAUGACUUUUAUUGAAUUGGUAUAAUAAAAAAUUUGCUGGUUUGUACGAUUGGUAGUCGAUCAGUGUAAAGUAAUCAUCGAACUGACUGUUCCGUACGCUCUGUAAAAAGAAAGCGCGGUAAGUGCUCUUCUCGAUGGUUUACUUCAGCGACACGAUACAAUUGUUGCAAGAUUCCUUUUCCAAAGCGUCGUUUCAAAGCUUAUUUCGUACGCCACUUUUUGCAUAAAUGUACAACUUCUGCAGCGCCGGAAAACAUGUUAGAUUCACACCAGGUGAAUAUCUUAAAACGACUAAAGUCUACCCAUAAAAUUAACAAAUUUACAACAUGUUAACGCACGUAGCUUUGAAUGUUAAUUUCUUUGUCAAUAUUCUAUUUUUUAUAUCGAGUACUUGUUCUACAGUACUCUCAUUGGUUGUAAUUUAUGUGGUCUGUUUCCAUUCACCUCAAAGUAUGAGCGGAUACCGAAGAUUUGUUGUCAAUUUUACUGUAAGAAUUAUAUUUUUUAAGCAGUAAUGCUGUGAUUGUGGUUUACAAUUAAAAAAGUCCAUUUUCAGUGCUGGGAUUUUCUGUUUUCUUUAUCUCUUGGCUACUUAGUGAAACCAGAGCUGAUCUUUCCCUAUAAUGGCGCAUAUAUUAACGGAUUAUUCAGAUAUUUCGGGGACAUCGGUGCAAAGUUGUCGGUAAGAGAAUUAUUUUCGUCAAUUCCUCUUUAACAAUGCCAUCUUCAGUUCGUAUUCAUAGUAAAUACGGCUUGCCACAUGUUGUCAACUCAAGUCUACUGUUUGUUUUUUCGCUACGCAAUUCUGCAAACAAGUCCAAAGUUCCUGAAGUUUACGUUAUCUUGGAAAACUUGGAUCAGAGGCUGGAUAAUUGCUUUUGCCAUCUCCAGUUUAGCCGGAUUUUUUAUUUUUGCUCCGAUUCAAAAGACCCAAGCGGUAAGGAAACAUAAUAAAAUCACUAGAAUAAAUAAUUCAAUUUGAAAUUUUCUUCAAACAAUUGGAUUUCAGGAAGUUCACAAUGAAAUCCUCGCAAUAUCCCAGCAAUUUGAAGAUCCCCAGUUGCCUGACUUCAGUCGACUAAUACUUUACAUCUCUCCGUACACAGACAAAGUAAUUUACGCCUUGAUUUUUGUUUUCGUUGGGUUCUUCAUAUUCGAAGUGGUGUCAAUCAGCGUUGUGAUCGUGGUAUUGCGGCAGUUGGAAGCGCAGAAAUCCCGUUUCUCUCGAGAGACCUACCGACUUCAUAAACAGCUGACUGUUGCAUUGGGAGUUCAAGUAAGCGAAAUUAGACUUCGUUGACUAACAUUGGACUUGAUAACUGUUUUCGUGGGUUGUUCUUUUAGCUUCUAACCCCAUUUCUCCACAUUGUCAUCCCAGUUACUGUGUUUAUUAUUUUGAACUACCCUUAUGGCACAAUGAGCUACGCAACAGGCACAUCUUUUAUCAUGUACAUCGAGCUUUAUGGGACCUCCAAUUCGGUGAUUACAUUAUAUAUGAUCAAGCCAUAUCGAGCGUAUCUCAAGUCAAAAUGCAUGGCGUUUAUUCGUCUCAUCACAUUUAACAAGUGCGGAAUUGAGCCGGUCAUGGUGAUGGCACCUGAGAGCACGCUCAAUACCGUUUAUUGA